CGAUUACCUUUCCCCAUUUUCCCACCGCUCCAUUUCCACUGAGCAAGGUUCUGAUCAGAGACCGAGAGAAAAAAUAAGAAGAUGAUACCGCAUCAAUGGGGGUCUCCGUGCGGCAACCAAUGCACGCACAAGUACGCAGCUCUUAUGCAGAUUCCAUGGAGAGUAUUUUGCAAAAAAGGGUGCGAAGCGGAUAGAGAAACUCGGGAAGAAUGCUUGGAGGAGUGCAAUGAGAUAUGCUAUAAGGAUCCUGUCUUAAGGGACCAACAAUGGAGAGCUUGCAUUGACCGUUCUCCCGGAGUUGACAGGUACUCAGAGGAGUGUUUUCAUGCUUGUGUAUCUGGUUGCGGUUUCAAGUUUGAUAAAAAUCCAGACAUAGCUGAUAAAGUUCGUCCAAACAGGCGGGCUAAGCCUCCCCCUGUUGAAAAGCCCGCCGCACCACCUGCUGAAUCCACGGCAACAGCCGAAGACAUAUCAACAGCCGAAGACAUUCUUGGCACUUCUGCAUAGUGAGAGAAAAAGAAUGAGGAUCCUCUAGGAUCCUGGGAUCCUCGAAUCGUAUUCGUUCAUCGUACAUCAUGCGGUUAGAAAUUAUUUUAAAUACUUUUAUUUAAAAUUAAAUAUAAAUAGUAUUUGUCAAAAACUGACCGUACAAUAUACGAUGAAUAGUCUCGAUUUGAGGAUCCGUAGAGGAUCCUCCUGGAGAGAAAAACCUAACUAUACUACAAAAUGGAUAACUUUAGUUAGUUGCAGGAUUUCUUGUUCUUUUUCCUAUUUAUAGUCCUUACGCGUCGACUAACAUCCGGGCUUCCCGAUUCUUUGACAGUAAAAACACGUUGGAAAUGUUAUUUGUAGACUGGAUUCUUAUUCUGUUGAACUGGAGUUGGAGACGAUUUAAUUGUUAUCGAUACAUUUGCAAGUUCAGUGCU